UUGGAUUAGAUACGAGUUUGUUUUGAUUUUGCAUUCCUUGUGUGGAGUUAACAAAUACAUACUAACUGAACUAAACCGGCUACCAAACUCUCAAUCGACUGAAAAUGUCUAAACAACAGUUGUUGCGUGAGUUUUUAAAUGAUCGUUUAACGGCGGCUGCUGUGGAGAUUUUCRGGGAAGUUGAAAAAACGGUAGUGGAAUACCAGGAGGAGAACGAUCGGCUACGGAAACUGCUGGGGAUCUCACCCGAGAUACAACUAUGUAGAAUAGAUUCCCUGCAGCGCUCUGUCUCUGAAGAGGAGGUUCCCCCUGAGCAGCAGCACUGUGAGCAGGAGUGGAACCCCAGUCUGGGGCAGGAGGACCCAGAGACCACACAGAUUAAAGAGGAACAGGAGGACCUGAAGAGCAGUCAGAAGGAAGAGCAGCUUCAAGGGGUGGAGCCUGAUAUCAUAGAUUUAGAUUUCACUCCUCCUUGUGUGAAAAGUGAAUGUGAUCUGGAGGACCCACUUUGGUCCUUUACUCUUCCUCAAAMCAAGACUGAGGAAAACAGAGAGAGUGACUCUAAACCAGUGGAUCUCAAACCUUUUGUCACUGUGACCCACAUUAAGGGUCUCAACAUUCCCUGUGACCCUCCAGAUAAUCAAAACAAUGCCUCCAGCCACAGCUCAGCUGUAAGCAGCGACACAGUAGGACUUGACAAUAGUSCACCAUUGGGUCCCAGCCCACUAUUGGAUCUCAACUCACCAUUAGAUCCCAGCCCACCAUUGGGUUCCAGCCCACUAUUGGGUUCCAGCCCACUAUUGGAUCCCAGCCCACCAUUGGGUCCCAGCCCACUAUUGGAUCUCAACUCACCAUUGGAUCCCAGCCCACCAUUGGGUCCCAGCCCACUAUUGGAUCUCAACUCACCAUUAAAUCCCAGCCCACCWUUGGAUCCCAGCCCACUAUUGGAGGAACACUGUUCCAAACCCAGCACCACAUCUAGAAGAACUCACCACUGCCGUGACUGUGGUAAAACGUUUGCUCUGAAAGCUGACCUGCAGAGGCAUGUGACUCUCACCAAGAAGAGACUCAGUGAAUGCCGCUUCUGCAAAAAACGCUACAACUCCACCUGUCAACUGAAGGCCCAUGUCCGACUCUGUCACAGUGGGAAACCCUGCACCUGCCCUGUUUGUGGAAAGACCUUUAAAUACAAAGGAGUUCUGCCCAAGCACAUGAGGAUUCACCAAGGAGAAAAAUCUUUAAGCCGUGUUGACUGUGAGAAAAGCUUCAGUCACAAGGAUGCCCUAAACUUGCAUAAACUGACUCACACUGGAGAAAAAACAUUUAGCUGUGGUGACUGUGAGAAAAGCUUCAAUCUCAAGAAUAACCUAACCAGGCAUAAACUGAUUCACACAGGAGAGAAACCAUUUAGCUGUGGUGACUGUGGGAAAAGCUUCAGCCUCAAGAAUAACCUAACCAGGCAUAAACUGAUUCACACAAGAGAGAAACCAUUUAGCUGUGGUGUCUGUGGAAAAAGCUUUAGUCAGAAAGGGGACCUAGGGAGGCACAAACUGACUCACACAGAUGAUAAACCAUUUAGCUGUGGUGACUGCGRGAAAAACUUCAGACAGAAAGGGGACCUAAGGAGACACAUACUGACUCACACAGGAGAGAAACCAUUUAGCUGUGGUGACUGUGGGAAAAGCUUCAAUCAGAAGGGGGACCUAAGUAGGCAUAGACAGACACACACAGGAGAGAAACAACAUGGCUGCUCAGUCUGUGGUAAAAGAUUCAUUCGUAAGGCUCAUCUGCUGAAGCAUGUGAAUAACGUCCACAACGAAAGAAAACAGGAUGAAAACAAGAACAACGAAAAUGAGGAUUAAAAUCUAGUUAGGACAAAGAGGAUCUGCGGUUAUAGCAGAUGGGAAUUAAAAGACAGGAUGUGAACACUUAGAAAAACAAAGCAACUCUGCAUUAUUGACGCUGUGGUUUUUCAAAUAAAUGAAUGUGUGAUGGAUUUA